ACUUAAUAGUUAUUUAUAAAAAAAAAAAAAAAAAAGAAAGUAUUUUUAGAUGUAUCUUAUGAUACUCUUAAGAUACUUGUAUCUGUACCUAUAUAUAGAUACAUUUUUUUUUAGUAGAGUAUUCGUGUCUGUAAAUAUUAAUUUAAAGUGUCUUAUUACGGGACUGAUUUCGUAUUGGUGUCGAUUUUUUUUUUUUUUGCCAACGGGCAUUUCAAUGGUUAGAUUUGUUUGGUAAACGUCGUGUGCAUUCGGCCGUUUGUUCGCCGACAACCGAAUAAUCCAAUCGAUUUCACCCGUUGCGUUGUUGUCAUUAUUGUGGAGUUAUCGUUUGUCGUUUACGUGUAAACCGUUACGAUUUCAGUAGUUAUCCGUGUCGUAAAGUGCACAUAUAUAUAUUUUUUUUUUCAAUCGAAAUUUCCCCGUUUGCAUAAAGGUUGCGAAACUAUGACACCGAAUUCAAACCGAUCGGAGAAGGCGGAGGGGGUCAACUUUACGAACGUCCCGAAAGCUGCCCGAUAAUUUUUUAUGGAUGAAUCAAAAAGAAACCGAAAUAACCGAGAAACCUUUAAUUGUGUUUCUGUUAACGAAAGAAGUGAGUACACUAUACGGUACGAAUAAUUUUAUAAUUGUCCCGCGCACAUUUUUUUCGCAAAAAUUGUAGUCAUAUAUGCGAGUACGCGCGAAAAAAAAAAUUACACUCGUGACGCGGAACCACGCGUACCUACAUUUAUCCGUUAAUGACACGGGGUCCUUUUAAAAAUUUGGCGAUUCAUGUACGCUUGCAGCAUUCGUCGUCCGCCGUAACAUCAUCUCUACAAAAAGAUAGGUGGCGGGGACGACAAUUAUUAAUAUUCAUCGGUGCGUUUCUGAGACGAUAUUUUCAGCCGGAUCGUUAAACGAUUUCAGUUUUUUUUUUUUUUUUUUUCGUAGGUAGGUAGGUAGGUAGGUAGUGAGUACAAAGAGAUAAAUAUUACCCGUUUACGACAGGUACGGGCGUGUUGACGGUGAACCGCGUUCGUGUUUGUAUACCUACACCUUUAUAAUAUUAUUAUUUGUGGGUGCACACGGAGACGACCGCAAAGUGAGUGUACUCACUUAUAGGUAAUACCGCGCCAUCCGAAUAACGAUUUCUUCCGUGAAGAUGGGUCGCCGCAAACGGUUAUUAAUACCGCCCCCACACGUGGCUUUACGGCGAAACCGCACCGACUCCGCGUUAUUACUGUAGUCGGCUAUUUUUAUUUUUUUUAUUUUUUUUUUUUUUUACGAGCGUUUUAUUUGAACGUGACAAAAAAAGACCGAACAAAAAAAAAAAAAAAAUUAAAUAAAAAACAAGCGCCCAUAAUAAUAAUAUACGGAACGCGUGCCGCCCACUAGACGAAAACUUUGAUUUUUCGGCCACCGGCGCACUGCACGUUCCGGUCUUUACGGAGUUUAUUUUUCUUUUGGAAUUCCGGUGUUCCGGAAUCAAAAGGUCCGGGCCCGGUCGGAAUGCAUUGAACGCGAACAUCCGAAAAUAUAAUUCAGCCAUUUGUAUAAAAUGCAAUUUCCUAUAACAGUGCCGUUAUUCUAUGACAACGCAAUCAUUGAAAAUAACAUACACAUAUGAUUUUUGGAUUUUCAAGGUUUAUAAAAAAAAUAAAUAAAUGAUAAUAGGCAAUUAAUGUUUUUAACUCGGGUGAUUGAUAAUUGAACCUAUUAUAGUUUGUAUACAAACAUUUUUGAAGGGCAACCGUGAAUCGGGUCACAAUAAACCUUUUUACAUUUAUAGCAGGUGGACCCGGUAAUUGGGACACUAUAUUUUAAUAUAUUUUAGAUUUGACAAAAGACAAACAACUAUUUAACAACAAUUUUUUAAAUUAUUUGAAACCAUAUUAUUAUUUGUUCCACGAUUACAAAUUAAAAUUUCUAUGUUCGUUAAAAUCGAUUUAUGUCGAUGACACUUUUGAAUACUGUGCAAAGCAAUCUGUAGCACAUUAUUUAAAAAAAAAAAAAAAAUAUUAUCAAAUAAUUAUUUGAGUAAUUUUUUAUCAUGUAUUUUUAAUAUACUAAAAAUUACAUAUUUUUGUGUUUUAUAUUUGUGGCCCAAUAUCCGGCUGAUAUAUGGGAUUGUAAAACCCGGAUGGUAUAGAAAGUAGAAAAAGUGAUCGGAUAGUUUCCGCGGUUUCGCAGUAUUAGUAGAUUUUAAUCACAAUUAAUAAGCUUUUCGAAGCAUGUGUGAAACGGAUUACGCGAGAUGGGCGAACGUUCUUAGUACAAAUAUACGAGGACGAAUAAUUUGUUUUUUUUUCUGUUGGACAUGUACCGAUACUAUUUCUUCCAAAUCGUCAGUUUUAGCGUGUAGGUACCCAUGAUCUAUUAAUUAUAUUACAGGCAAAUCGUUCAAAUCGUCGUUUUUCAGAGUUUCAAAAACGGCCGGAAAAAGUACAGAAUACAUUGCCCGGGCAUACCGCGCGUAGAAUACCAAAGCUCGACGAGGUGAUGUUCGAAACACACGGAAACAAUAAUAGCAUUUAGAUUUUAGAGAGAAGAUGUCACAAUGAAGACCGGACGAGACGAGAUAUAUUUUCAGGUAGAGGUCGGUUGCAGUGCGGACGAUCCCUAAUUGUAUAACGGUCCAGAUAGCAUCGGAAAAACUGUCUCGGCAAUACUAUAUUGUAUUCUAAUUUUGGAAAUUCCUGGAGAAUUUUAUAGAUCGACAGUGUUCAAUAGCGAACUCGGGUGAUCGAUAAUUGAACCUAUUAGUGACAUACAAUACACGAAUUUCAAAAGGAUUUAAAAUAAAAGUAGUUCCUAUUCAAAUAGGUAUUUUACUCGUUGAACUGUAAACCAAUAAACCACGCUGGUUUAGUUUUAAAAAUAGCGAAUUGAUCAACCUGCGAGUAGAACUCUGUGCGUAUAUUAAUUCAAAAUUCCGGAGAUAAUAUUAAAGUGGGUCUUCGAUUGUAUAGUAUAAAUAAGGACGUACAGUCGAAUUAUCGUUGUAAAUGUUAAUCGCGUUAUAAUUCUAGUCAUAUUUACGUGUCCGUUAAAAAGUUUUUUUUUUUUUUAUUUCGUCAACAAUGUAGUUUUUAUUUAUUUAAUUAUAAUAGUACUACUGCAAAGUAUUAAGUAAUUUUUUAAGAUUUUUUUUUUUUGUUUUUCUACAACCACAAUUUUGAUCUUUGGGUGUGUGAUCGGCUUUACGUGAGUCGCGAUAAAUGUAUGCCCAAAACAGUGGGUCGUGAGUCCAAAAAGGUUAAAGACCACUGCUGUAGUGUACUUACUUGUACCUUGGUAUAACAAAAAAAACCAAACAUUUUUUAAACUCGUAGAAAACCUUAAUUAAACUACAUUAAAGCAUAUUAUUAUGAAAAAAAAAAACAAAAUCCAGACAGUUAUCUGAGUGCAAACAGUUUCGAAAUGCUAAAUAAUUUAGUAAGAAUAUUUUAAUUGGACUGUGGCAGCCGUUCAAUGACUCCAGGAUCACGUGAGGAUAUUAAUAACGUCCCGACACAACACCGAGAUUCGGUUAUACAUGUUUUGAAAUGCCCCAAUUUUUACGAUUUUCGUAAAAAAUUGACCUCAAAACUUUUAAAAAAACAACAACAACAAUAUUACUUAUUUUUACAUUUAAUACAAAAAAUGACCUUGAAAAUCGUGUUUAAUUUUCAAGAAUUUCUGCUGUGCCAAAAUAAAUUGAACAACUACAUAAAUCACAUAUACUCAAUUUCCCACCUACAACAGUGAUACGAUUGUCAGCACUAUAAUAUUUCUUUAGUUCAUAUAUUUUUUUUUUUUGCAUUAAAAUUAUAAAUUAUUUGCAUUAUUUUUAAUUGUUUUAACACCGUAGAAAAUUAAAAAAAAAAACUAACAAUUACUUCAUAAUUGAUGACACGCGGUAAUUUUUAUUGUGACGUUAUAAUGGCAUUGUUAGAAGUUCUUUAAAAAAAAAUUUAAAAAAACGAGCAUCUGUUUGUGUAAUUUGUUUUUUUAUUUUUCUAAAAACCACAACCAAUAGGAAAUUACACCUAAUAUGUAAAACACUAUCAUCGUAAAUACUAGUUUUAUUGUACUUAUUAUAUUAGUUUGUCGUUUGCAUCUGUGGAAUAUUAUAACCGUGCAUGUAUUCUUGUUUGAAAAUUCACAAUAUUGCCACACGUUCAACUUGACUUUUACCCGUCCUAACACACUCAUAUAAUUUAAUUAAUAAUAUGCAUAGGUAUAUAAAUCUGUUUAUUAUAAUUUUUUUUUGUAUUUGUUUAAAAGAGCGACUGAAUCCAUUAGCUGCGAAAGAAUCUAAUUCAAAACCUACAGAUAAUCCAGAACAAGUAAACAAAUCUUCCGCGAUUCUAUCUGUUCCUAGUAAAAUAAAGGUAACAUAAUAUUAUUGUAUAGUUUUUUUUUAAAUUUGUAUUUAAUUUCUCGUGUAAAACUGGUACAACUUUGUUAUCUCAGCACUAUCACAUUUCAACAUAAAAACCAAAUCUAUUAACAGUAUAAUGUACAUUUUUGUUUGCACAAUUUAUUGUGUAUAUAGACUACUAUAACUUGUACAUUUUUCGUUUGUUAUUAAUUUAUUGAGUUGAUUGAGUAAACUACAAAAUUAAAUAUAUAGGUAUAUAUCGUCAAUAUUUUUCAUGACAAUUAAAUGCUUGUUCAUUUUUCGAACAUUAAAAUAGUUCAAGUGUUCAGUGUGAUUAGGGUAGAUUAAACACUUAUUAUCGCAAAAGUUAAAAAGUUAUUCGGAAUAUGUUUUAUAGAAAAUGAUUAAAGAAACAAGUAGUUCUACAACUUUGCAUCUAUGUUAUUUUUCGUCACCCUUAUUUUCGGGGGUGAAACCAUUAACUACUUUUGUGUUUUAAACGGUGCCCUAUAAAUGGGUAUCUACCGGGUUAAAUAAAUAUUUGUGCUGAAAGUGUUGAAUUUCGUCAAUCUGUUAACGAGAUUUUGCACUUUGAAGUUUAGCGGCAGAGUAGUGGGGCAUUAUUUCUGCGGUGGCACAACGCGUUGCGUUUAAAUAAUGCACCACUACUCUCCCCUAACCAAAUGUUAAAAGUGGAAUAUCUCGUCAAUGGAUUAGCAGAAAUCAUAAAUUUCAACUUCAUCAAUUAUUUUAAUGAAUACUCAAUCUAUGUAUUGAAUUUUUAGUAUAGGUUGCCAUUUGAAAAUCAAAAGUACGUAGUAAUUUUAACUCAAAAAAAUAAGGGUGACAAAAAAUAAAAUAAAUUUGAAAUUAUAGAGCUGCUUGUUUCUUGAAUAUUCUAUAAAACAAAUUCCGAAAAUGUUAUUAUUUUCAGAGACAAUGAGUGUCUUAUGAUAGAGUGCUCACUCUGUAUACAGUGGUUCUAUUUAUGUGCCUUCAUUCAGUAUUUCAUGACUUUUUUUGCGACAGUUUAAGAAAAAAAACGAAUAAGAAGUUAUACAAUUAAAAUGAGAAAAGUAGUGUGAAUGUGAAAAGACAACAUAGAUUUCUACAUAUAACAACAAUAUCGUUGUAAAAAUCACUUUUUAUGUAAAAAAAAAAAAAUAUUGAAUAUAAAAUUAGAUUUUUUUUUCAAUUUUCAACUAUAUGCAUAUGAUAAACUAACAAUAAACUGCAACAGUACUUAAAAUAAUAAUUACAAUAAUUUAAAAUGUUAUUAGAAUAAUUUAAAUUACAGAUGUUUUAUUUAUUAUAAAUUUAGUGUAAUUUAAAUAUCAAUCGAUUUAAGAGUUAAAUUUUCGUACCGCAGUUAAAAUCAGUAUGCAUUUGUUUAUUCAAAUAUUACAAUUUACAAUAGUUCGCGCAUAUAUAUUGAAUAUUUUUGAGUGAAAAUAUAUUGUUUUAGACAUCGGUAUAUAGGAUGAUCCUUUUUAGUGACUAUACUUGGUAUUUCGAAAAUUAUUGAAUAUUUUAAAAAUAGUUUUGGUAAUUUAUUUAACAAACAUCUCUAAAUUGCUACAUUUAUACUGUUUACCACCUUUAUUUUCGAGGAUGAAAACAAUUAUUACUUUUGAAUUUAAAUUUAAAAUGUUAAUUGAUAUAGUUUUAAUAAAAUUUAAUUUUGAUGUAUAUAAUCUUCAUCAACUCAUUGACGAUAUGCUCUACUAUGACCUCAGGGAGAAAAAGUGUAUUGGGAUCAGGAGAAGCAACAUUUGUGUAGAACCUUGUUAGGUGGCGAAUGAAAAGUGCUUCACUCAAUUCCUCCUAACAAAAUUUAAAAGUGAAAAAUCUCGUUCACGGUUGAUGGAAAUAAAAAUUAUUUAUUAUUAUAUAUUUUUAUUUAGGAGACAGAGUCACGUAUCCCAGCGAAAACAAAAGACAAAAAUUGGAAAAGUUUUGAAAAUAUUCCAUCAGAGUUUGAUGCAAGAGAACAGUGGAAAAUGUGUACUAUAAUCGGAGAAGGCAUAUACGAGGGUCUAUGGGAAAAUAGCUGGGUGAUUUUUUAAAACUAACUGUGACCCAAUGAGAUCAAUACAUAUUUAGUUACACCAUUACUAUUUAAAUAAUCGUAAUUCAAAUUUAUUGAAUAAAAUUAUACAGGCUGUGGCCACUAGUUCAGCACUUGCCGACCGAAUAUGUAUAGCGCAAGGUGGACAAUUUAACGAACACUUAUCAGUCAAAGAGUUGUUGUUCUGCUGUAAAGAUUGCGGGCCUUUAGAUGAGAGCUCUACAGCAAAAGCUUGGGAAUAUUAUCGAGAUUUCGGCGGGCUCUCUGGACCACAUUUUAAUAAUUUUGGUGUAAGUAUAACAGCUUACGUUUAUCGUACCAUUGUCUUUUCGACAAAACACAUAUUUAAUUUAAUACCAUAAAUCUUUGAUAGGUAUGUCCACCUGAAAAGUCUAAAAUUGAUGAUACGAAUUUUCGCCGGAAAAGUAUGCAAUAUUAUAAUUAAUUAUUUGAUAUAAUAUCCUAUACAUAGUAACAUAUUUACCAAUUAUUGCAUUACUAUACAAUAAUAGGAAUUGGUUUUUAUUCGCAUAUGGAAUUUAUAUAAGUCUUUUGUAUCGGCUGGUUACUCUUUUUAGAUCUCUGAGUUGUGUAAACUCUCUGUCCAGCAACCUUCUCACAUUUGCUUCUUUUUACUCUACCGAAUGCGUUUUCAUGCUUAAAGCACCCGAGCUCUUAUCCACGUUAGCCCCUAACAAUUUUCUUAAAUUCUCCAACUCUUUAUUUUGCUUUCAAGAACUCACACCGCUUAUAUAAUCGAUUUUCUUCUCUCUUCCAUUUUUGUUAGUACAAGACAAUAUCUCUACAAUAUUAGUCUCUCAGGUUUUGUGAUUGAAUUUGUAUGGAUUUCUAGUCAUGCAGGUAUCCUUCGCAAUCAAAAUGCAGACUCUCUGGCCUAAUUCAACUUUUCUCUUCUCAGCCUCUCUAUUUCUUUUAUUCCUUAGACUGAUUUUCGUCAAACGUUAAAAUCUCACACGAAGAACAUUCUUCUUACACAGUCUUGAACGAAUGUGACUUAACUAAUGGUUAAGUUUGUCUUCUAGUUUUGCUACCUGGUAUAGAAACAUCUCUUCUACUAUUCCACCCAAAUCUUGUUUCCACAAUUUAAAUCUUAGUCGGAAAACAAUUUUCUUCGUCUCAUCUCUUAGACUGGCCUACUACCCUACUCCCUUCUUAUUCCAACAAAAUUUCCCUUGAUAACUCCUCUUUUUGCAUUCUCCACAACUCCGAAUCAAUUUGUGACAUUUCCCACAUUCUUUUUUAUUUUCUUCCCCUUACCCUCCAACGUAAUGUCCCUUUAAAUGCACAUUCAAUUCUUUCUUCACAUCUUCCACCAAUAAAAUUAUUUAUUUUAUCUUACAUUUAUGAUACUUGUUUUGUAAUUUAAUGUUCUUUUUAAAAAAGCUGUCCUUAGAAAUUAGGGACGGGUAAGUAGGAAACAGAAGGAAAAUUAAUUUGUAUCUGUAAUUAACGAUAAACUAUUGCGUACUAGUGCGGAGUUCAGUUAAUAGUGAUGCUAUGUCAACAAUAUACUCGUGUAUUUCGUAUUAAUAAAUUAUGUUAAAAUAAUUAAAUGUGCAGUAUAUAUUUUCUUUAAUAAUAUAUGUUUGAAAUUGUACGGAUUUUCCCGGUUUUUCAAAUUUGCUGGGAAAACUCUUGGCAAAAUCGAAAAACUAAUUUUUUAAAGUAUCUCCCUAGUCCGAUUUCCUUUUAGAAAAAGUGCUAUCAUAGUAAACUAGAGUAAAAAAGUUGCUUACAGAAAAAAAAAAAUUGGUAAUAUUUCACUAGUAUAUUUCAUAUAUUUUCUCAUUUUUUCUCACUCUUUUCCUUUUAUUAGGAAAUCUGCCGGGAAAAUCAAAAAAUGACCUCCUUAAAGUACCACUCCAAGAAAAUUUCUUUUCAGAUAAUGUGCUACAUCGUAAACCUACAAAUAAAAUAAUAAUAAUAAUAAUGAAUAUCUUUGUAAACCCAAUAAUACAUUCUUCGCUCCAUACAGAAUCUAAAAAAAAAGUUUUACGAUUUUACAGCUACAAAUGUAUAUACCCUCAAAGGUAUAAACGAAAUAAAACAGGAUAUUUUUACAUAUGGACCAGUUUCCGCUGUACUGAGGAUUUAUGAAGACUCUGAAAAUUAUAAAACAGGUAGCCUUUUGAUAUAAGUGUACAAUUUUUAAUUUUUUUAAAAUAUUAAAUAUUGUCACAAGAUGAUUUGUACGUUUACAAUCGUAUACAUAGCACAAAAAGUUACAAAUUACAAGCAGUCAAGAUAAUCGGUUGGGGAAAAGGAGAGGAUAAUGCUUUUCCUCACUGGUUGUGUGUCAAAACACACGGCAAUUCCUGGGAAGCUAGUGGAACGUUUAAAAUUAAUUUAGGACUUUUCGAUCCUAAUACUGGAGGAGACAUAAUUGCUGGUGAACCGUUUGUGAAAAAAAAAUCAUUUGUCCAGAGAUGGCUUUGCGGAUAAUUCGGAUAUUAUGUUAACCACGUCAACCUGACCUAUCACUAAGCCACAUCUUCUCUCGUCUCUUUUUAGUUUUUAUCUCGUCCCUCCUUAUUUCUUAUCAGCUUCUAUCCGCUCUUAUCAGCUCUGGUCCUAUUCGAUCUUAUCUGCUCUUAUGCGCUACAGAGAGGAUUCGAUCAUAACGAUGGUCCAUUCGGUUCACGGUGCAUCAAAUCACAUGUGUCGUGUGUUGAAGAAUGACGAAGAACAUAAAUCAUCCAAUUAUUUAAAAGUCUUGUAAUGUAAAAUUACGUAACAUUCAAAAUUGUCUUCUUUACGAAACGAAUAGCGUUUACGUGCACAAUUUCAUUAUCAAAAUAAAAACGCAAUAAUUAACGUUCGAAAAAA